AUGAAGAGCCCAGGCUGCGUCAAAGACGUCCAGAGACUGGCGGGAAGGCUCACCGCGCUAUCUCGCUUCCUUGAGGCGUCGGCUGCAAAGGCCCUACCUUUCUUCAACCUAAUGAGAAAGGGAAUAGCAUUUGAAUGGACCCCGGCAUGCGAAGAAGCGUUCAACCAUUUCAAAAAGAUACUUGCAACACCACCUGUGCUCGGUAAACCCGUGGUCGGAGAACUGCUCUACCUAUACCUAGCUAUAACGGAGGAAGCGCUGGCGGCAGUCUUGGUGCGGGAAGAAGGGAAAGUUCAACAACCAAUUUACUUUGUGAGUAAAGCGCUGCAAGGAGCAGAACUUAGGUAUAGCAAGUUGGAGAAACUGGCACUAGCGCUCCUAACCUCUUCCCGCAGGCUAUGGCAAUACUUCCAAGGUCACCAAGUGGUCGUAAGAACGGACCAGGGAAUUCGUCAAGUGCUCCAAAAACCUGACCUAGCGGGAAGGAUGAUGACCUGGGCCAUCGAGCUGUCUCAAUAUGACAUAAGGUACGAGCCUCGACAUGCAAUCAAGGCGCAAGUGGAAGCGCUGGCGGCGGUCUUGGUGCGGGAAGAAGUGAAAGCCCAACAACCAAUUUACUUUGUGAGUAAAGCGCUGCAAGGAGCAGAACUUAGGUAUAGCAAGUUGGAGAAACUGGCACUAGCGCUCCUAACCUCUUCCCGCAGGCUAUGGCAAUACUUCCAAGGUCACCAAGUGGUCGUAAGAACGGACCAGGGAAUUCGUCAAGUGCUCCAAAAACCCGACAUAGCAGGAAGGAUGAUGACCUGGGCCAUCGAGCUGUCCCAAUACGAUUUAAGGUACGAGCCUCGACAUGUAAUUAAGGCGCAAGCAAUGGCAGACUUCCUGGUGGAAGUAACCAGAGACCUAACCGAGGACACGGGCACACGGUGGAAGUUCCAUGUAGACGAAUCCUCCAACCAGACGUCCGGGGGCGCUGGGAUCAUCUUAGAAAGCCUAACCGGGGUCAUCUACGAACAAUCGGUCAAGUUCGAGUUUCCCGUAUCGAACAAACAAGUAGAGUACGAAGCCCUUCUAGGCGGCUUGAUCUUAGCCCGGGAAGUCGGGGCUACGAGGCUAGAAGUAUGCAGCGACUCACAAAUCGUCACGUUGCAAGUGAAUGGAAGCUACCAAGCUAGAGAUUCGCUGUUACAGAAGUACUUGGAGAGGGUUAAAGAACUGAGCAAACAGUUUGAGGAGGUCACGGUCCAUCACGUUCCGAGGGAGAGGAACACACGGGUAGAUAUUUUAUCCAAGCUAGCGAGCACGAAAUCUGGAACCGGCAACCACUCCCUCAUUCAAGGAAUCACGAGAGAACCAGCGGUUGCCCUCCACCUGACCAAGAUAAUCCCCUCAUGGAUGGACUCCAUCACCGAUUUCUUACAAAACGGCAAACUCCCUGGAGGCAAGAAGGAAGCUAAAGCAUUAAGAAGGGAGGCUGCCAAAUACACGGUCAUACAGGGCCAACUGUUCAAAAAGGGACUUAGCCAACCUUUGCUGAAGUGUCUACACCCCGACCAGACGGACUACUGGGGAGUCGACCUCUUGAGACCCUUCCCGGUUGGCCCAGGACAAGUCAAAUAUCUCAUAGUCGCCGUCGACUAUUACACCAAAUGGAUAGAGGCCGAGCCACUGGCCACCAUCUCCUCGUCCAAUUGCAGAAAGUUCAUGUGGAGGCAGGUGACAAACUAG